CCGCCCUUCCCGCUCCGCCGGCCGCUCCUCGCGGCAAUCGCGCGCCAACCUCAGCCGCGGGAGGGCGCCUCAGUCGCCUGUCGCGUUCCCUACCACGUGCUUACUAUUUUUGCAUCUGUGUGAGUGACUCCGGUUGAAUUAUUCCGUGUCAAUACGCCUUUGCCGGUACGAUGCGUGCUUAGCAUAGGAAUCGCCCGAUUGUCUGUCGUGUGUAAAGGACUAUGUUUGUUCCUGGCCAUUAUUGUCGCGCCCGAGGGGUCGCCGAUUAAUAUCGUGUGCUCAGAAUGGGUUAAUCUGACGAUACACACAAUGCAAUGACUCUUACAGUGAAGGAAAGUUUCUGUGUAAGAAGUUUCUGAAUGGGAUGACACAGUGAAGUCGCAGAUAUGGACGACAGCUCACCAGAUCUGUCGCUGAAACUGCGACGGGGCUCGAGCGACUCCCGGGAAUCCUUUUAUAUGGAUUUCGCGCAGGGGAUCGACUCGGACAUCGAAGAAGUGACCACGAUUGAACGAGUGAUCCCAGAGCAUCCCGGCGGGAGGACAGAGGGAGAUGCCGAUACCCUCGCCACGCCGUCCGGUCUGGAGGAAAACAAGGAGCUGGGGCAAUGUUGCUACUCGAUCCCGGCUAACAACAUGUCAGGCGGGUCUCGAGUAUCCCAUGGCACCUUCGGCCCGGAGUCCGAAAUGUCCGGCAGCAGUGCUCCUCCGUUACCAAGUCCAGCAUCAGCUGGAGCAGCGUUGGUGUCUCCGGAGACCCUAAGCCGGCAUAGCAGUCCCCCUCCGCUUCCUGCACACCCUAUUCACCAACCCGCACCAUCGUGUUCUUCGCAUAGGGUGCACAUGGAAUCACCUAUGAGGCUAUCCAGUCCACCAUCGCUCUCCCUCGGAGGGUCGCUUUCUCUUCAACCAGUUCUUUAUGGUCCAACUGGAGGGCCCCCUCAUGCCCCUCUGCCACCUGUCAGACACCCUUCAAGACCUUCAACUGCGAUACAUCAUAUGCAUGUCAUCAGCGCGGGAGACGCUCUAGCCACGACACUUUCGGCUCUCUACGGCAAACUUUUGGUUGUGAUGGGCAUCGCCUUCCCAAUGGCUGAAGUUAUCUCCACAUACAUUCCGCCCUCGUUUUACGAGGGCUUCUAUUUGUACCUGUACAUCGGCAGUAUGGUCUUCCUUUUGUACAUGUAUGCAGCCCUCCUCAGGGACAGGUCCCGUAAUGCUGCAGACACUACGGUUGUUGCAAAAUCGGAGUCAUCUUCGUCACCAUCAGAAUCAUCAUCGGAGUCAUGUUCUUCUCGAACUGAGCGGAGCACAGCGACAGCUGCGCACGCGCCGCCUAUGUAUUUAGGGAAAAGGUUCUCGUUGGGGUUCGCACUGGCGACCACGUCGGGGGUACGGACGCAUCAUUAUGGCAGCUUCUAUUUACGGAUGGGCGCCGUUGCAUUCGGGAUCGGGUCAAUGAUCUAUUCGGGUCUGGAGUUCGGACAGUAUUGGGAGUUGGAGGCUAACACCAACUGCCACAAUGUGCUACUGGCGCUGACGCCUGCCACGCGGAUGGCCUUUAUCUUCAUACAGAUGUAUUUCAUCUUUCUUAACAACGAGAUGAAAGUAUACAAACACAAAAUAGUUGCGAGAUUUGGCUUGAUGCAUAUGGUUGGCACAAACCUCAGCGUGUGGCUGAAUGUACUAGUGCAGGAGACCAAACACGAGAUACUCACGUUCUAUGAUCCAGAGAACAAAAAUAUCAGCCUUUCACAUCGACUUGCGUUCCAGAAGGCUUUCCCAGCGCUGGAUACAGAGGUGCCUGCGUCCCACCCAGCAGCAGCGCAUCUUCGAGUGCCCCGAGGUCUAAAGGGUCCUCACCACAUCUUCGAAUGUCGUCGAACUAACAUCAUGGGUUCGCUCGUCCAAGACGCCUCACCGUUCCUAUUUCCCUGCACUAUUGAAUAUUCGCUUAUUUGUGCUGCAAUUCUAUACGUCAUGUGGAAAAAUAUCUCCAAAUACCCAUCUAAGGACGUCGCGGCGGCAAUCGCCAAAGCUCGUCUCCUCGAAGGUUUGGCGUACAAGAAGUCACCCCAUCUCUACAGCGUUGACUGCGCUAGAGCUCACAAAGGCCUGUUUUUUGGCAUUCUGGUGUUAGUCCUAACAAUCAUAUCACUCAUCCUCUUCUUUGUGCUCGUAUCGAGAAAGGAAUAUGCAACCUUGGCCGUGGUGGAAGUGAAUUUAUGCGAGUUGGUUCUUUAUGCAAUGACAACACUAGCCAGUUUGGCAGGAAUGGUUUGUGUGAGAAAAUUGAAAUACGAUGGAAAUAGAAAUCUGGAACUGGACAAUAUUUUGCUUGUCGGAGCACAAACCGGUAUGUUUAUCUACGGUACAUUUACUAUAAUUGGAGGCCAGUUCACUAUAGAAAAGAACACGAUAUUAAUAUUGGUAACAGCUUUAUCGUCGCUGAUACAGACGACUUGUCAGACAAUGUUUAUUUUGGAUGCGAGUAGAAGAUCUGCUAAAACUCCAGAGCAACUGAGGAAGAAGCCUGGGAGAGAAAUUGUGACAUUCCUUUUAGUGACUAAUCUUGCUAUGUGGGCCAUUAACACGUUGGAGAAGUCUCGAGCAGAGUCGCAUCCGGUUCAGUUACACUUUUAUGGCCUCUGGGCGUGGACGAUUAUCACACACGUAUCCAUGCCGUUAGCAAUCUUCUACAGGUUCCACUCGACAGUGUGUUUGUGCGAGAUCUGGAAACGGGCUUACAAGAUGAAGCCGGCCUAUAUGUAGCGACCGGUGCCUAGAUACAGGUACAAGUACUAAAGGCUCAUCAGGCAAGGACAUUAUAUAGAGUAGAGAAGUGGCGUUGGUAGUUUGGUGUUUAAAAUAGUGCCAUAGAUACGAAGUAGAGUGGUCGCCGGAUCGUACACAUCCCAGCACAUAUUGUGUGAUAUAUUCUCGAUAACGUUAUUGUAAAAAGCUUUUUGUAUUAUAGUCAUAUUCGCGUCACAUAAUUAUUCUCUGUUCAUCCGGUCGCACUUGCCCAUGUUAAUUUUGAAGUUGACUGCUUAAAUGUUAAGUUAUUCUAUUUAAAUAUUUUAAUGUGUUAUUUAUUUGUAGCUUCAUUGAACGCUUUAACUAGAGGAACUGAUAUGUUGAAGAUUAUUAUUAUUACGACAGUAUUUCAUAGCCCGUCUAGGGUUAGAUUUUUAUUAUUAGCGCUUGAUUACACGCUAUAUUUUCCUGCGAUUGUAGUUUUAAAAAUAUAUUGUUGUAUUCGUGAAUAUUAUUAUUGUAUAAGACUUGUGUUCAUAGCUCAUCCUAUUUAUGUACAUUUAGAUUUAUCGUCGAUUAUAAACUUUUUACUCAAGUUCAUAAUUAUACAUUCCAUUUGAUUGUGAAUCCGUUUGCAGCAAAAUUUCAAAAUGCCCAGGAUUCAAAUUCAUGUCUUCCAAUAGGUUACGUUGUUUUGUACGUUUUUUGCCUUUUUAUUGUCUUUAAUUACAAUAGCCUUCUUAGUGUUUCAGAGGGAACAAUAAUAUCGACCUAAACAUACAUAUUUUUUGUAACGUUUUUGAGCAAGUCUUUAAUUCAAGAUUGUAAAAUUAAAAGACAUUUUUAUUGACGAAGACUUGUAGUCUAAUCAGAUUUUUAGAAAUUUUGUAGCGAUAUUUUUGCGAUAUAAAGUAGUGUCUGUAUUUUCGAAAAAUUUUUGAACAAAUAGCGGUUAUUGAACACCGAGGACCCAAUAGUUAGACAAAAGGUAUAACACCAAAGUAUUAUAUUGUGAAGUAGGAAUUAUUGGAGCUUACUACGGAAGUAGAGUAUUUUCUCUUAGAUCGUCUAUAAGCGCUCGGUAGGGUACAUAACACCAAAUUCAUGAGAUUAUUUCGUUUAUAGACUUAGUGGCUAUUUCGUCCAGAAAUUUUCAACUGUUCAUUAACGAUUAUACAAAAACAAUGAACGUCAAAUAUUAUAUGAAAGCAAUAAUUGCGAAACAAAACUUUGCUCAAGAAUUCAAGAUAAUGUAGUUGGUAUUGGGGGCGAUUCACAAACAAACUAUUGGCUUUGUAGAACGCACUUAUCAAAAAACUAUUAUUCAAACUUAUUAUGUACACUUACCUUCGUCACUUAUACAGUCUAUUUACAUCGGGUAAGAUUGUUGCCACAUCAUUGUACAUCAAAUUUAAAAAAAAACUUGUCAACACCUAAAUGACCAAUUAUUAAGCAAGAAUUUUCAGUCCAUCGUGCGUGUAGUAUUGCACAAGGCCAUAAAGUGAUGUACCAUUUUUAUGUAAUUAAUAGUACGUACUAUGAUUGUAAUAAAUGUUUGAUAUUGUAACAAGCAAUAACGUUCGUAUACCUCAGAUACUCGUAAAUCUCAUUUUUAUCAAUUUUGUAUUAAUGAUAGUUAAGUUAAAUCUAGAAUCUGUUGCUUGAAUAAUAAUUUGCGUUAGGUUAUGGUCCCAGUUUUCAGAGAUUUUAGAAAACGAAAAAGUUUGAUAACUCUUUUAUAUUUAUGAAUUAAUCGUAGUAAUUUAUACAAUUUAUUGUAGUGUAAAAUAUUAUGAACUUAUAAAUAAGCUAUUUAAAUGGAAUACUCAAAUAAUGAAGAAUGUAGCUUUAAAUUACGAAAUCAAUACAUACCAAACUUAUGACAAUGACAUUGAUGCUUUUCUUGGCUCAAAUUUUUCUAUGAUAUAAUAUUUUCUAUUUGUGAAUACUUAUGCUUAUAAUUUUAUAAAUUACUUCUAAAAGUAUACUUGAAAAGCAUCUAUCUUUCCUUGCCAUCCCUUCAUUAUAUUUGUGCUGGAGAAUGUUUCCGCUAUUUUGAUAUAAAAGUAAGAAAUUGCAAUAAACAAUGUAAUAUCACGCAGCCUUUGUUAUUGUGGAUUUGGGUGUUUGGUAUAUCACAGCUUCAAAGCUUUACAUAAACUCUUUAAUGUACCAUAUUCACAUUACGUAAAGUCGCCAUUACGGUAGAAAAAAUUGACAAACACUUUGUUGACUUGCAUCAUUAACAACACAAUGGUGGACCUCAAAAGCCCAAACGUUGUCAAUUCAAAGUUCAAAAAAGGACUUGAAAGCCUUUAAAUGUUCUGUAAACAUAUAUUAUCUUUCUUUGAACUGAUAGAGGGUGCAAGAUGAUGACGAGGGACCGUCCCCUCGGCUCUCUAACCCAUGAGAAGUGGAUUCAAAUCUCACAAUCCAUAUGGGUGAGAAAAUCAGCACCAGCUAUGACAUAUUUUUAAUAAAAGUAGUGCGUUUCUAUUAAAACAUUAUGAAAUCUGCUUAAUAUCUUUCAAUAUCCACCUACGCCUAUACCAAAUAUUUGUUAGAUGCCUUUUUAUCUAAGUCCAUUACGGCAUUUUGUAAAAUACAUAGUGAUACUAGAGUUAUUUCUAACUAUAUACUUAUUUGUGAAGCUAUUUAUUUGUGUAGGAGAGAUUGCUGAUAGGUCUAAGAUUGUCUUCAUGGAUGUUUAAUGUUUACAAGCGAAUAAAAAAUCUUGAAA